GUCAAAAUUUUCAAUUUUUCAGAUUCCACACCUUAAUGGGUGUGAUUUAAGAUCAAGAAAUCAUGUUGGGUGCUGUCCAAUUAGGACUUUUUGCAGCAGGGGUUGUACUUUUUGUCCCUAUGGGUAUGGCAGGUUGGCAUUUAAGCCGUAACAAGAUGCUCUUUUUCAGCUGUGCCCUUUUCAUCACUCUUGCUGUUGGUGUUCAUCUUGUUCCAUAUUUCCCUUCUGUUGCAUCUUUUCUUUCAUCAGGUUCAAGUUCAGGUUCAGAUUCUUUAUCAUCUGUUAUUGUAAAUCGUGAUUCUUGUUUUUCUUUACUUCAUCAAGUAGCAUUUGAUUUUCAAGAAUUGAGUAAUAAUAGUAAAAGGGGUUCUUGGAAAUGGGUUGAGUCUGAAAAUGUUGUAGAUUGUGAUUUCCAGAAGUUGACUAAGAAUGAUGCUUCAGAUUUGUUAAAUGGGUCAUGGGUUGUUGUUGCUGGGGAUUCACAAGCAAGGUUAAUGGUGGUUUCACUUUUGGAGUUGUUAUUGGGGGAAAGUAAGAUGGAGAUAAUAAAGAAGGAUCUUUUCUUGAGGCAUAGUGAUUAUAACAUAUUUGUUGAUGAGAUUGGGAUGAAGCUGGACUUUAUAUGGGCACCUUAUAUGAGUAAUUUGACUGAUUUGAUAAUGGGGUUUAAAGAAAAAAAGAGUUAUCCUGAUGUAUUUGUGAUGGGGGCAGGGUUAUGGGAUAUGUUACACGUAAAUAAUGUGUCGGAAUAUGGUGUUUCGUUAAAGUCUUUGAAGGAUUCAGUAGUGUUGUUGUUACCAGUUUCUUCAGCGUUUGCUAACGGUGAUGGUUCUGGGACGAAUAAUGUGAUUCCACUUCGGUCACCCAACUUGUUUUGGUUGGGGAUGCCUAAGUUGAUAAGCUCAAUGUUGAAAACAGAUGAGAAGAGGGAGAAGAUGGAUGAUGUAAUGUGGCAAGCUUAUAAUGACGAACUUUACAGAAGUAAGCUGCUUCAACAAUCUGGUGGACCGUUGUUUUUGCUGGACGUGCAUUCAUUGAGUAAUAACUGUGGAGCUGAUUGUAUGUCCGAUGGGAUGCAUUAUCAGGGGGCUGUCUAUGAAGCUGCUGUACAUAUCAUGUUAAAUGGAUUGCUGAUAGAAUCUAACCAGAAGCUAUGAUGAAGCAAUUAUGGUUAACGAUGUGACACCCUUCCACAAUGGGAAAGGGCAAUCUAAUUACUAUGGUAAUUGCUAGAGCUCAUACUUCAAUAAUGUCGAUGAAUAUUUUUUUUCCAAGUAUUCAUUUGGCAACUGAUAUUUCUAUAGCAAGAAUUCAUUGAUGGUAGUUCAUAUUCUUUUCCCCUUGUUCAUUUGUAUGAUUACUGAU